AUGGAUAACUUCCAGAACCUUUCCCUCAACGACCCCCCGCCACCUCACUUGGGGCCGCCGCCGGCGGGUUUCCAACAGCAGCAGGGUCAGUUCCAUCAACAGCAACAGUUUCCUCCCCAGCAGCCGCCCGUUGGUGGCAUCCCAGGGGGCAUUCCACCUCAGUUUGGUCGUCCCCCUCCGCCGCCCCAGCAACUGCCGGCCCAGAUGUUCACUACGGCUGCCCAGCUCUUGGACUUGACCGACAAAAAGCUCAUGGUAGCUCUGCGUGACGGGCGCAAGCUCAUUGGUAUUCUGCGCAGCUGGGAUCAGUUUGCGAACUUGGUUCUUCAGUCGACCAAGGAACGCAUCUUCAUCCCGCCUAACACGAUGCCGAACCAGCCGCGUGGCCUGUACGCCGACAUCGAUCGCGGCCUGUUUCUGGUGCGUGGCGAGAACGUGCUGCUCCUGGGUGAGAUCGACCUCGACAAGGACGACGACCCGCCGCCGGGCUACGACCUGGCCGACGUUGAGCUGGUCAAGCAGCUGGCUAAGCAAAAGCGCCAGCAGGAUAAGGCUAAGGAGAAGAAGAAGCUCAAGCUGCUCUCCAAGGAGGGUUUUGAGGGCGAGAGCGUUGGCGAGGUUCUUCUGUGA